AAAAAUUUUCCGCACGAAGUUUUUAACUUCAGCUCUCCAUAAUGGCCGAUACUGGCAGGUUUCAGGAGCUGUCUCCCUCUAAACUUCAAGAGAUAUUAGACAAUGCUAUCCCAGAAAAAACGAAGAAAGCCACAAAGUUCGGCAUGAACAUAUUUAAUGGUACGUAUGUGGGAGUUUUACUCAAAAACUAGCAACAAUUGUUACGUUCACUGUCGAUAUUUUGAUAAUUUAUUCGUAACAACGACAAAAAUUCUUACCUCGUUAUUUACAGAAUGGCUGUCAAGUCCUGUUGCCACAAAAUUUUCGAAACGAAUUGAAGACAUGUCCAAAGAGGAGCUAAAUGAAUGCCUUAAAUGUUUCUACACCUCCGCAAGGAAGAAAGACGGGAGGUAUUACAAAAACACAUCCAUGAAGUCCAUUCGAGCCGCCAUAGAUCGCUUUCUUCGCUCGCCACCAAACAACAAGCCUUUUUCUAUCAUCUCCGACGCUGUGUUUACCGAAGCCAAUAAAGUUUUGGAUGCCUUUGUAAAGGAUCUCAGAAAGACGGGUAAAAUAGCUGGAGUUGUCCAUAAGAAAGCAGUGUCAAAAGAUCAAAUCCAGAGGCUCUUUGAAAGCGGCGAACUUGGGCCGGCCGACAGUCAAAAUCCAGCCCAACUGCAGAGAACGGCAUGGUUUUAUCUCACCCUUUUCUUCGGACGACGAGGAAGAGAAAAUCAGCGGCAGUUGAACCCUGGAAUGCUCUCCCUAAGAACAACGCCUAGAGGUGUCGAGUAUUUUGAGUUAAACAGACGACAGCCUGGUUCACUGCGCAGCACAAAAAAUCAUCAAGGCGGCCUUGGAGACUCUGAGGAUGAAUCCGACGCGAAGAUCUUUGCCGUUGCUGGUUCUCAGAGGUGCCCAGUGAAAACAAUCAAAAACUACCUACAUCACCUGAACCCGAGUUCCGAAGCUCUUUUCCAAAAACCAAGAGACGGCCAAAGUCAGAAAUUCAGUCCAACAGAUGACAAAAUCUGGUAUUGCAACUCGCCGGUUGGCUCGAGCAUGCUGGACAACAUGUUGAAAAAUAUGAGCAGGCGAGCUGGCAUAGAGCCCCAUCUAACCAACCACUGCCUCAGGGCGACAGCAGUUACAGUUCUGUCUGACCAUAACUGUGAAACCAGACACAUAAAGUCUGUUACGGGACACAGAUCAGACCAGGCGGUGGAAUCGUACAAUGAUCGCCCAUCCAUAGAACAGCAAAAGAAGAUGUCGCACGUUCUCAGUGAUUUUGUCUCAGCCGGAGCCUCUGAAGCUUCCCCAUGCACUGGUAUCUCUGCAGCUGAGAAAGAAAACCAAUGCCACGGCCAGCAAGAACGGCAACCUCAAAGUGAAGGGACAGUUUUAGUCCAAAAUCAGUUCGUAAACACCGAGGUUCGGCAAAGCGAGCGAAGAAGCUUUCCGCAGGUUUUCUUCAACUGCAAUGUCCAAGUUCACAACUACUACGGAGGCGGAGAAUCAGGAAAAUCUUCCUGAACUUUGAACACUAUUUAAACACUUGAAAGCUUCCGAAGCGGUCUUUUUCCCUUGCAUUUGAACGGUUGAAUAUUUCAAGGUUGAUUUUGUUUAACAGUUGACCACAGUUUGUCGUUUGUGAAGCUGUCAAAUUUCAUUCAGCUCAUUCAGUGAUGUAAUAAUCAGGUGAUCACGGCGCGCAUGUGACCGGAAGUUGUAUGUUUUUUUCACCGCUUUGUAAAAUUGUUGAAAUAAAAAUCGGCGGCAAAAA